AAAAUGAAGUUUUAAAUCUAAUUGCAUCUGAUACUGAGACACGCUGGAACAGCACCUUUUUUUUAUUAGAAAGGCUUAAGUAUUUUCAUAAUACACUUUCUGUAUUUGCAGAAAAACUAUUUCGGGACUCUAAUCGAACUACUCGUAUUGAUGGUGAACCAUUAAUAAAAUUAAUACCAAGCUCAGAUAAUUGGGCUGCACUAGAGGAAUUGUUAUUAUUGCUUCAACCAUUUGUUGAUGCAACAAACCUUACUUCAGGUAAUACAUACCCGACUCUUUCAUUAUGGUACCCAACUUUAUUUUGUUUAAAAGAAUUUUUACAAAACACUAAACGUAAUAUAUCAAGCCAUCAAAUAAUAGUAGCAGAACAAAUUGAAAAUAUAAAAUGUAGUUUAAAAAGACAAAUUGAAUUACUCGAACCUCCUUCACAACCAAAUUUAAUUUCUUCAACUAUAUCUAUUACUUCAACUACUUCUGAUCAUUCUAUGUUUAUAGAUUAUUUUAAUCAAAAUUUAUCAUUACAACAUAUUACAUCUCCAAUAGAUAUAGAAAUAUCCUUGUAUUUACAACUUUCUCCACUCCUU